AUGCACGGUGGAAAAAAGACCCAUCAAUGCCCAGAGUGUAGAAAGAGCUUCCUUGGUAUAGCAGAACUAAUUAGACAUCUAAGAACACAUACAAGAGAGAAACCUUAUGGCAGUUCACACUGUCGCAAGAACUUUGCAGAGAAAUCAGACUUUGAUCAUUCAGGAGAGAAACCAUUUAUCUCCUCAGAAAGUGGAAUUACAUUCUCUGAUGGAAGUAAGGGUAAUAUACUUUUUCCAAAGCACAGCAUAAUGAAGGCACAUAAAUGCUUCCGGUGUGGAAAGUACUUCAAAUACAGAUCACAUCUCCUUGUGCACCAAAGAACCCACGGACAGGAGAAAUCUUUGGAAUACUCAGAGAGUGGAAAGAGGCUGAGCCAGAGCGGUACUAUUCAGAGGCACCAAAAAAUCCACGAAGAAGAAAAACCUUUUGAAUGCUCAGAGUGUGGAAAGAAAUACAGUAGAAUUGGCCAACUUCAACGACACCAAAGAAUCCACACAGGAGAAAAACCUUUUGAAUGCUCAGAGUGUGGAAAGAAAUACAGUAGAAUUGGCCAACUUCAACGACACCAAAGAAUCCACACAGGAGAAAAACCUUUUGAAUGCUCAGAGUGUGGAAAGAAAUUCAUUCAGAGUGGCCAGCUUCAACGACAUCAAAGAGCCCACACAGGUGAGAAACCUUUUGCAUGCUCAGAGUGUAGAAAGAGGUUCAGUCAGAGUGGCCAUCUUCAACAGCAUCUACGAACCCACACAGGGGAGAAACCUUUUAAUUGUUCACAGUGUGGAAAGAGCUUCACCUGGAAAGAACAACUUCAACAGCAUCAGACAAUCCACACAGGAGAGAAACCUUUUGAAUGUCCAAUGUGUGGAAAGAAAUUCAGUCAGAGUUGUCAGCUUCAGCAUCAUCUAAGAACCCACACAGGGGAGAAACCUUUUGAAUGCACAAAGUGUGGGAAGAAAUUCAGUCGGAGUGACAGUCUUCAGCAGCAUCUAAGCAAUCACACAGGAGAGAAACCUUUUGAAUGCACAAAGUGUGGGAAGAAAUUCGCUCGGAGUGGCAAUCUUCACCAGCAUCUAAGAACCCACACAGGGGAGAAACCUUUUGAAUGCUCAGAAUGUGGGAAGAGAUUCAGUCAGAGUGGCCAUCUUCAACAGCAUCAAAGAGCCCACACAGGUGAGAAACCAUUUGAAUGUUCAGAGUGUGGAAAGAGAUUCAGUCAGAGUGACGGUCUUCAGAAGCAUCUCCGAAUUCACACAGGGGAGAAACCUUUUCAGUGUUCACAGUGUGGAAAGAGCUUCACCUGGAGAGAACAACUUCAACAUCAUCAGAUAGCCCACACAGGAGAGAAACCUUUUGAAUGCAUAAAGUGUGGAAAGAAAUUCAGUCUGAGUGGCAAUCUUAAACAGCAUCAGACAACCCACACAGCAGAGAAACCUUUUGAAUGCACAAUGUGUGGGAAGAAAUUCAGUCGGAGUGACAGUCUUCAGCAGCAUCUAAGCAACCACACAGGAGAGAAACCUUUUGAAUGCACAGUGUGUGGAAAGAAAUUCAGUCGGAGUAGCAAUCUUUACCAGCAUCUAAGAACCCACACAGGGGAGAAACCUUUUGAAUGCUCAGAGUGU